UCCAAGGCCUAUGAGCAUUUAUUUCCAGAGAAAGAUCGGUUGUAUGGUCCAAUCCACAUGACACCCCACCCCUGGGGGCGCCAUUAAUGUUGGUUGCUGUACUAACCAUCCAACCCAACAACCCCAAAACCAACCCAAUAAGUAACUCUCUACUCUCUUCUACUCCAAACCUCCUCCCUCUCACUCUUUUCACUCUUGUUGUUUCGCUUCCUCCAUUUUCUCCGGCCCAAAAAAUGCCGCACCCGAUUUCGGAGGCCAACGAGCAGAGCCCCUUUGGCGCCUUAACCGCCGAAGAGUUCUACUCCCGCCACUCCGUCUCCCACGGCUCCGACUACCUCACCAACCCCAGAGGCCUCAAGCUCUUCACUCAGUGGUGGACCCCGCUCCCUCCGGCGGAGGUCCUCGGCGUCCUCGCCGUCGUCCACGGCUUCACCGGCGAGACCAGCUGGUUCGUCCAGCUCACCGCCGUCCACUUCGCCAAGGCCGGCUUCGCCGUCUGCGCCAUCGACCACCAGGGCCACGGCUUCUCCGACGGCCUCGUCGCCCACAUCCCCGACGUCAACCCCGUCGUCGACGACUGCAUUUCCUUCUUCGAGUCCUUCCGCGCUCGCCACGCUCCGUCGCUGCCGUCCUUCCUGUACGCCGAGUCCCUCGGCGGCGCGAUCGCGAUUCUCGUCACGCUCCGCCGCGUGGGGAGGCCCUGGGACGGGCUCAUCCUCAACGGCGCCAUGUGCGGGAUCAGCGCCAAGUUCAAGCCGCCGUGGCCGCUCGAGCACCUGCUCUUCCUCGUCGCCGCGGUCAUCCCGACGUGGCGCGUCGUCCCCACGCGCGGGUCGCUGCCGGACGUGUCGUUCAAGGAGGAGUGGAAGCGGAAGCUAGCGCUGUCCAGCCCGAGGAGGCCGCUCGCCAAGCCACGCGCCGCCACGGCUCUUGAGCUGCUCAGAGUCUGCAAGGAGGUGCAGGGGAAGUUCGAGGAGGUGGAGGUGCCGCUGCUGAUCGUCCACGGCGGAGAGGACGUAGUUUGCGACCCCGCGUGCGUGGAGGAGCUCUACAAGCGCGCGUCGAGUAAGGACAAGACCCUCAGGAUCCACCCCGGCAUGUGGCACCAGUUGAUCGGUGAGACCCCGGAGAACGUAGAGUUGGUUUUCGGAGAAAUGGUGGACUGGCUUCGAACCAGAGCCGCACGCGCCGCCGAUAAUGGUGGUGCCUAGUCGGAUUUCCUUGUUAGUCAAGCAUAGACCAAUGGCAGCAUGCCACAUGUCGUGUAGUUUAAAUAAAAGGAAAUGGGACUGUUAUGUAUGAGCUACCAAGAGUCAAUCAGUCAAGUAUAUGUCUCUAUCAAUUUUAAGAUGAUGAUUUUGA